AUGAGCCGUUCUGAGACCCUUAUGGGUGUUCAGCAAGUGCCGCUGGCCCCGAUGUACAAGUGCAGCACGAAGCGUGAGCGCCGGGAGUUCAUGGAUGAGUAUCUGGCGUACUCUCGGUGCGUGGAAGCGCUGAACCGUGGUGUGGGAGGAGUCCUCUUCCUCGAACCAUUGGCGGCAUGCAUCGAUCAAAAGAUUGUGCCUCGUGUUUGUGAACAUGAUUUCGGCAAGCCGUUCGAAGAAAUCACUGAAGACGAAUGGCGGGACUACUUUCUGAGUGCCCGUGAAGUUCAUGAACUUGACCUCGAUUGGGUUGCCAAGGCUAUGGCUCCCUUGAAGAUGGACACGCGGAUUUGCGAUGUGGAAUCCCGCGUCGGUCGAUUGCUGGCCGAUUUCUACGAGAAGCUCGAGCAGUUGGAUGUGGUUCACCUGUCCAGCCAAGAGCCGAAACAGUCGGUCAAGAUUUUGACGGCUGCAAUCCGACCCGCGGCGCUGAAGGCCACGGUAGAGCGGCAGCUCGCUCGGGAAGCAAACAAGGCAUACAAGGCCAGCGUGCCUGCGUUUGACCGCUGGUUGAUUCAGUUACUCGACAACUUCAUGUUGUUUGAGUCGCAAAUGGUGAUGGCGGAGAAGAAACCAGAAGAGAAACCGCGUCUCCAGUACGGCAAGACAUACCGGCAACCGCAACAGCGGAAGCCUGAUGGCCAAGCGAAAGGCGUGGUGCCCGCAAAGCAAGUGCUGUUUGCAAAAGGCUGCCUGAAGUGUGGCAGUGACGACCACAAAGUCGUGCAAUGUCCCAAGUGUGCGCCGGAGGAAGCGCAUCGUCUGUUAGAACAACGGGCAAAGCGUCCUCCUGUUGCGGCAAACACGCCUGCAGCCGCUCCAAGCGGCAUGCUGGCAGCCAAGAAGAACGUGGUUGGCGCGGCGAUCGACUCAAAGAAGCCGAAACUCGAAGCUCCGCAAGCGCCGCGCACCGUGCACUGCUCUGUGAAUGGCAUGGAAGCGCUGGCGCUACUUGACAGCGGCGCGGAUCAAUCGGUGAUUUCGCCUGCAUUGAUUGCGCGGCUGAAAGAAGCCGGCGCUUUGCUUGCGCCUGCGUGCAAGUUGGAUUCUGUCCUGGAGCUGGGUGGAUUCAUGGAAGAAAUGAAGCUUUCCGUCGACCGUGAAGUCAAGCUGAAGUUGACGUUCGACUAG